AUGGAUUCCUUGGGUUCAAGGGUUCAAUCUCCAAGCAAUGCUCCAUAUAAUGUGCCUUGGCAGAAAUUGUGGAGGCUGAAAGCUCCAGAAAGAACAAAAAUGCUAUUAUGGAGGAUAGGAAAAAAUGCUCUCCCCACUAAAGAAAAUAUUGUGCUGAGAAUUGGUGUAGGGGAUCCUAAUUGCAUGUUAUGUGGCGAAAAUAUAGAAAAUUACUGCCAUCUAUUUUUUAAAUGCAAUGUUGCCAGGGCACUUUGGUUUGCUAGCUGUGAUGGAUUGAGAUCUGACUCCAUACCGAUCUCCACUAAUGAGGAUAUUGUCAAAUUCAUAGUUAGUCCUAACAACUUUUUGGGCGUGGAAAUAGCAAGGAAUAAAGAGGAUAAUGAACUAAACUCAUUAAGAAUGAUGAUCACAUUAGGAGACAUUUGGUUCAUGAGGAAUCAACUAUUGCACAAUGCUGGGCACAUUGACAUUUGGGAGGCCUCCCAGCUUAUAAAGAAGAGAACAUUGGAAUAUGCAAAGACCUUAUCAAAGGAAAAGACCGUAUCCAAGGACAAGAGCGUAGAUGGUUGGGAAGCUCCAGAGGAUGGGUGGAUUAAACUCAAUGUGGAUGCUGCUGUGUCUGAAAAUGCCACAGCUUUGGCGGUGGUGGCAAGAAAUAGAAAUGGAGAGGUGCUUAAAGUUUGGGCUAAAAGGCAUGAAUGGUGCUUUCCAAUGCAAGCUGAAGCUGCAGCUGUAUAUUGGGCAAUCCAGCUAGCGCAAAAAGAAAAAUGGCAGCAUAUCAUCAUCGAAGGAGAUGCUAUGUCACGCCCCAAACCCAAAAGGGUCCAAAGCUUUGGGAAAUUGCUAACUGAAUACUACAAGAUCAUUUUUAGUAAUAAUGUAACAAGAAUGAUUAAAUGA